CUAAACAAAUAACAAGCGGUCGGCAUGUGAAAUCCCAUUUCAACUUGUUUCAAAAAUUAAAUGCUUCAUUCGAAUUGUGCAGAUAUUUAAAUGACUUUCACAAGUUUAUAGUUUAAAAAUUUAUCAGCUGUACGUCAUAAGAACAUCGUCACAUAUGUUCUGCAAAUUCUAAAUGAAAUAACUUUCGAUGCGCCGUCGAAUUGGAGAAAAAAAUUUAACAACAAUUUUCCUUGUGCCAUUUCUAAAAAUACUUAGCAUUUAAAGUUUAGAAGCUGAGCUAUGAUUGGCCACAAGAAUUAGCACCUAAAAUAAUUGUCUUCAAAGAUGUGGGUACAAUCGAGGAAAAAAAAAAUGGACUUUUAUAUAGACAUGAGCUUUGGCACUUAGUUUAGAAACACGAACCGUGCAUUAACAAAAACCUCGAAACCGAAGAUUCAGAAACCUAAACAAUAUUGUUACAUGUACUAUAUUUCACAGUCCAGCCGACUAUUUUGGGUAGCAGUGAAACAGGGAAAAUCUCAAGUGAGAGAGGUGUUAUUAUCGCGGAACAAGCUUCCCUGUUAAGCUGAAACAGUACACGCCUAGCAAAACCAAACAAAACAAAAAUCUUUGACUUCCGAACCAAGCUUUACAUGCCACUGGGAAACUUACGUGUCACGCAACUCGAGGGAAAUGCCACUAGUUGUCACGCUUCAAAGGAAUUAACUUGAGGAGCGAUAAACCAAAAAAUACUGUGUAUAUCGGACUUAAACUGCCCUUCACAAAAAAGUGCUCUAUGUAAAAAAAGCUGUCUUCACCGAUUCAAACUUCACCUAGUGGCGGAAAAUUUGCCUGGCUUUCGUAUAGAGUCGGAAGUUAGGGACGAAAGUAGAAAGUCUCACUCCCAAUCUAUGACGUAAUCUCUGGGUCGAGCUGGUUAAAUGUGAGCGAGUUAACGAGUAAGGAAUCACUCUUCGCUACAGCUCGCGCACUUAGCUUCGCAACUGUAAAACAUCCACAGAUUUGUAAUAGAACUCGGUGUUCUCAUGGAGACCAAAGACGAAAAUCAGACGAAUAUGAAAAUCUUUGACCACAGUGACAGAGAAUGGCACACUACAGAUCAUCAGCUUUACUCUCGCAACGAAGACGGACAAGCUCCAGGUCACUACAUGUGGGUGAAUGGCAGAUCUGUUUUAUCAAAUGCAGUCAGUGAGAACCAAAAAACUCAUUUUAAGAUCCACACUGUCGUGGAGCUUGACGAAAACAAGAAGUCUCAUCAAGUUGUCAUUUUAGAGCAUAAAGGUGGUAGUGUUGUGGCCAUAAACCAGGAAGAUGACACUGUCAUUGCUAAGGAACUUCCUAAACCUCUAAGCCAAAGCAACUCCCUUGAUGAAGUUAAAAAAGACAAUCCUGAGGUGUUAUUUUACAAGGUGGCUAGGGAAGAAGACAGUGAGCUGUUUUACUUCAAGUCCUACCUUAAAGAUAAGCAACGCGUCCUCGGCUUUGAUCAGAAGGGAAAUCCAAUGAACACCUCCCAAGUACAACCGGAUCAGCUGGAAAGCUGGUUUUCUGUGUUUUAAAGUCUCUUGCAACUGCAAA